UUACAACAAAAGACUUCCACACCUACACAUUUCAGUUAGUACACAUAGUAAAGGUUCUGAACAACAGACACUACCCGACGAGUAAACCGUAGACAAGCAGCCAUGGUCGCAGUAAUGAUACCGGAGGUUCGGGGCCGAGCGGAAGUCUUUCGUGAAUGGUCUGUCGGACUAAUUCGGCCGACUUCAACUUGCUUCGUCCACGAUGAGUUCACUCCGGCAACGUAUCACUAGGCCAUUCCGCGACGACGACGACGGCGACAAUCAUAUUCUUGAUCAACAAGAGCAAGAAGAGCUGAUCAGCAAAUUGCGCAUUGAGAACGCCCAAUCUGAUGUUCAAGUCAUCCGUGCUACUCAAGUCGUUGUCGUUCUGUCAGCUAUCGCCCACUUUUUCUUCCUCUUCACAACUGCUCCGGCGCUCACUCUCCUGGUCUUGCUGAUCCACGUCAAUCUGUUACUGCACAUUCACCACGUCGCUCAAGUUUCUUACCAGCUGACGUACGCUCUAUCGUUGGUUGCGCCGACACUCUAUCUUUUCUUGGGAUCACCAGUAGCAUGGUGGUGCUUCACACCUGUGGUUGUCUUCAUAGUUCAGAGCAUCCAGGAUGGUAUAGAUCGAGGAACGGAAAGCAUCGCGGCCCUUGAGUCUAUGAAAUAUCAUGCACUCGCUGGCCUUUCUUCAUUCCGUAAAACCGCUGCGAGAGUGUAUCACCUUGGAGGCAUUCAUUCGGGCACUGCAUCCUCGGCGGUAGUAUGGCUCAUUCUUCUCGCCGUACAAGCUACACGAGAGCGUGUUAACAACAGAGGGACAUCCACGGCGACCGUAGUGCUCACUUAUAUCAUCCUGUUUCUCUUGGUUGGCAUCGUUCUAUUUGCGUACCCGGCACUCCGAAUAAAGCGCCAUGACGCAUUUGAACGUGUACACCGUUUCUUGGGCUGGACGGCAACUGCACUCGUUUGGGCACAGGUCGUCUUGUUGACCAACGAUUACAAAGGCGACAAGUCGUUGGGUUCUGCCCUUGUGCACUUGGCCGCCUUUUGGUUGAUGAUCAUCCUGAGCUUGUCCCUCAUUCUUCCCUGGACACAUCUCCGGAAGGUCCCGGUUAACAGCGUUGUGCUUUCGAACCACGCUGUCCAACUCUUUGUUGACUACGGCCCACACCCUGUUCCUGGGUCUUUCCAACGAUUUUCUACCGACCCUUUGAACGAAUGGCAUAGCUUCGCUACCAUUGCAGUACCAGGGAAGCCUGGCUUCUCUAUCAUCAUUUCUCAAGCUGGUGACUGGACUACGGAGAUGAUCACUAAUCCACCGAAGGAGAUCUAUGUGCGUGGUAUGCCCACGUGUGGUGCUCUUCGCAUUGUUCCUCUUUUCCGGCGGGUUCUAUUCGUGGCGACUGGAAGCGGUAUCGCGCCGUUCAUGCCGCACAUUAUGAGUGGAAAGGUCGACCAUAAACUGUUUUGGAUGGCUCCCAACACGAGGGCGACAUUUGGCGAUCCGCUGGUGAACUCUGUUUUGGAGAAUAGUCCCGGAGCUGUUGUUUAUGACACCCGCAAGCAUGGUAAACCUGAUAUCAUCAAGAUCACGAACCGUUUUGUAGACGAGUUCCAGCCGGAGUGUGUCUGUGUGAUCUCGAAUCAGAAGUUGACGGAGAAAGUCAUAUAUGGCCUUCGCAGCCGAGGCAUUCUCGCCUUCGGAGCCAUCUUUGACUCUUGAUAGACGCAUGGCAUGACUGGAGCAUGCAUAUGCACGAGUAUUUUCAUAGAUUUCCAUUACCACGAUCUCCAUUAUUUUCCGAGAGCUCUGUAAUCAGUAGACAGCGAUUACUUAUUAUGAUUACCUUCCUUACAAUUAUAGAUGCAGACUUGUCGUUGCUUUUC